AUGUUAGUAUCUCUCUUUGGAUUGAUAGUUGUGUUGCUACACCCGACUUUGGUGUACGCUAGUGAAAGUGACUUUCUGGGGAAUGACAGCGACAUUUCGGGACAUUCCUUUGAAGGCAGCUUGUCAAACAGUGAACCUAUCGUUCUAACAGGAGACUCUGAAGAGCGUGUUGCGUUGGUUGAUCAAAUAUACAACAUCGAAACCCAAAAUGCGUUACUAAGUGAGGCGCAAGAGGCUCCUUCGCUUUGUGGAGUGACCUCUAACACCUCAAUCUCCACUCAUUUCGAAUGCAGUAAUGCAAUCACAUUUAUUAUCCAUGUCAGCAGCGAAGAUGACGAAAAUUACAGCCCGGCUUUCAACUGUUUGCUUAAGAAUUUCAAAGGUGCACAUUCUAUUCGGCCUGAGGGUGCAAAAUUGGAGGCAGUUCUGGCAGAAGAGAACUUAAAGACAGUUCGGGAAAUGCUAUGGUGGUUAGACAUUGCUGAGCUUAGGAGAUUGGUCAAGCAUUGA